AUGCGAUCGUUGCCGACAAGGUUCACGCCAAGACUGGCCUUGGAGCGCUUUGGGCCGUUGUUGCGAAAUUGCUCAUUCGACUCAGGUACUUGGGUCUUUUCGGCUAUGCCCUUGAGUGGCUGUUGGAGGCCUGCCAUUCCAGCAGCAAGCUGCACACCAUGCUGCAUCGCAUCAACACCCCGAAGUUCCACCUGCUGGCCAUCACCAUGGUUUUGGCAGGUCAUGUAG